AUGGACAAUUCGAUCCAAUAUAAAUUAUAUAAUACUAAAAAAACAAGAGAAGCAGACAGAGAUGAUGAAACAUCAAAUACUUUCUCUAGUAAGAGAUUUCAUUCAGAUUCGUAUCCAGUUGAAUUUCACAAUAAUGAACAAUUUCCUAACGAUCUUAAUACAAAUUCCAUUACAGAAUUAGAAGAUUCACAAAAUAUCUCUUCAUCUUCAGAAUCCAAUCACAUAACAAAUCAAAUCUUAUUAAAUCAUCCAUCAUGUCAAUUUCUCCCAGAUAAAAAAUGGCUUAAUUGUCAAUAUUAUGACUUAGAAAAAACAAAAAUCAAAAGACCAAAUGAAAUUGAAAAUGAAAUGGAAGAUCCUCCUGAAAUUAAUAAUAAGGAGAUAUUAAAUCGUAUUCAAGGUUCAAUUAUUGGAAUGGCAUUAGGUGAUGCCCUUGGUGCCCAUGUUGAAUUUCGACCACGAUCAUAUUUACUUGAACAUCCAGUUAAUGAUCUACAAGGAGGAGGAACAUGGGGUCUUGAAAUAGGACAAUUUACUGAUGAUACAUCAAUGGGAGUUUGUUUAGCAAAUUCUUUAAUUGCUCGUCAUGAUUUUAUUCCAUAUGAUCAAUUAGUUCGUUAUCGUUGGUGGCAUAUCCAUGGAUAUAUGUCAUCAACAGGAAAAUGUUUUGAUAUUGGUUCAGCUACAAAACAAUCAUUAGAAAAAUUUGGACAAAAACAAAAAAUAUUUGCUCAAGAAAAUAAUAUUCCAUUACAAGAAAUUGAUUAUCUUUCUGAUGCUGAACUUUUAAAGCAUUUUGAUGUUUAUUGUAGCGUAGAUGAGGUAGCAGGAAAUGGAGCUCUUAUGCGUCUUGCACCUGUACCAUUAUUCUUUUAUGAACAACCAAUUGAAGCUAUUGAAUAUUCUGGAAUUAGUGGACAAAUAACUCAUGGUGAUAUAAAAGCUUAUGAUGCUUGUCGUUAUUAUGCUUCGUUAAUUGUUGCUGCACUUCAUGGUGAAACUAAAGAAAAAUUACUUGAUAAAGAUUUUUAUUUAAAUCAUAAACAAUGGUUUAAAGAAAAAGAUCUUCAUCCAGAUAUUAUGGAAAUUUCUCAAGGUUCUUUUAAAAAACCGGGAGGAUAUAAUGAUGGUAUACGAGGAAAAGGAUAUAUUGUUAAUGCACUGGAAGCUGCUUUAUGGGCUUUUUGGUCAGAUGAAGGCUCGUUCAAAAAAGGUGCUUGUGCUGCUGUUAAUCUUGGUGAUGAUACUGAUACAACAGCUGCUAUUUAUGGACAAUUAGCUGGAGCAUAUUAUGGAUAUAAUAAUCUUCCAUCAGAAUGGAUUGAAAAAAUUUAUGCGAAGAAAUUUCUUCAAAUAUUAAGUAAAUGGAUUGCUUAUGAAGGACAAUUAUGGACAUCACGAAAUUUUCCUCCAUCCACUACAACAUCAACAAUAACUUUACCAUUGGACAAUAAACAUACCAUAAUACCAUCAUCUCCAGAAAAAUUACAAGAAUCUUCACCUUCGCAAAAAUUACAAGAGUCUUCAUCUUCAGAAAAAAUACAAGUAUCGUCAUCUUCAAAACAUAUAGAUGAAAACAAAUCUAAUUAUUCAAAAACUUUUCCAGUUCAUUAUGAAAAAUCUCCACCUAAUAAUUUUUAUCGUGAAAUUCCAAUAAUUAAAGAAAAUAAUUCUUAUCAUGAGGUUCCAGUAAUUAAAGAGUCAACAUCAAUUUCACAUGGUAUUCGAUCCAAACAUGAUAAUGUAUCGUUUAAGAGAGAAGAAAAUAAUUCUUAUCAGGAGAUUCCAAUUGGUAUAGGAUCCAGAUAUGAUAAUAGAUCGCCUAAACGAGAAGAAAAUAAUUAUUUUCAUGAAAUUCCAAUUGAUAUAGGAUCUAGACAUGAUAAUAGAUCGUUUAAAAGAGAAGAAAAUUUUACUAAUCAUAAUACUUUUUCUUCAUAUUCAAAUAAACAUGAUCAAUCAAGUUAUAAAUCAUCAUCAAAUCGUCGAAAUAAUAUGGCAACUUGGAAUGAUAAUGAUAUUUAUGAGUGGCUUCAAUCAUUAGGUGGAGAUUAUAAAGUUUAUGCUGACCGUUUCAAGAAGGAAAAAGUUGAUGGAUUUCAACUUUUCAUGUAUUUUAAUAGAUAUACUUUAAUUAAACUUGGAAUUACCAACGAAAAUCAUCAACAAAAGAUCCUUGAUGAUAUUCAACGAUUGAAAAACUUACAUAUGAGUGCAUUCUAG